AUGGCAAAAGGAAGAAAGAGUGCUCUGACCACCAUUACUGCAACUGCCGAUAUGCCAGCAGAACAGUCCGCAGACCAAGGAGAUCCGCCUUCUCAACUCCAGGCUAAUCCUGCCCCCGCAGGCCGUGCGCAGCGACCCUCUAACCGCAAAGCAGCAGAAAAACCAGCGGUGUACUCCACAUACAGCCUUCUGCUUUUCUCUCCCAGCCGUGCACAGCAGCAGCAGCCCUCCCUGUUUCCACGUCUCCUUCACGUUUCUCCUGGCCUCCUUGGCCUAGCUCGUUCCUUCCGUCUUCUUAUACAGGACUGUCGUCCGGGAGUCCUACCCGGAAUAGGGUGUGAAGACACUCCUCUUUACGCAGCCAGGCGCGGCAGCAGCACGAAGAUGCAUGGACGUGACGCCCAUGGUCGUGGCACCCGUGGUCGUGCCGACCGUGGUCAUGGUGCCCGUGGACGAGGCACCCUAGUUACCCCUCCUACUCAAGCACAUCCUGCUCCCCUUGUUGAGGAUCUGAUUCCUGAGGUCCCGAUCCGACCUGCUCCCCCAGUUGAGCCCGUAGCACCCAUACCUUCAGUUACUCCAGUUCCCCCACCUCUUCCCCCUCCUCUGUCUGUUGUUCCGGUUUCGGAGUCUCCUGCUCCGCCGGCCGCACCCGUGCCUCUGCCCGAGGCGAGUGCCGCCCCUGCUUUUCCGACAGUACCCAUAGGAGCCGAGCACUUCCAGCAGCUGAUGCAGCUUAUUGCCACAGCAUUGUAG